AUGUUGAGAAUACUUUCUGGGUCGGUGAGGAGGAGCACAGUGGAAUUUCUGGCCGUGAGAGCUUUAUCGACUCGCCUUGACGACGCUGCUAAGCGACUGAAGACACUGCAAGAAGAGCCCGAAAACGAUGUGAAACUCAGGAUUUACGCUCUGUAUAAACAGGCGACUGUGGGAGACGUCAACAUUCCGAAACCGGGCUCUUUCGAUUUCGUUGGAAAAGUCAAGUGGGUCGCGUGGAAGAAAAUCGAGGGGACGCCCAAGGAGAAAGCAGAAGACGAGUACGUGGAGCUCGUCGAGUCGCUUCUCAGCAGUGAACAGAAGUCGGGCGCAACAUCAUCGACGAUGGACUCAUCAGUUCCCG